AUGUCCGAUUUUUUUUUGGGCACUAAAUUAACUAAUCAUGAUGUGGAUGAAAUCAGGAAAGAAUUUAGGGAAAAGAGAAAGUAUCAUGGUGACGAGUAUGAUUUUUAUGUAUACUACAAAAAGGUACUAGCAGAAGAAAAAAAGAAAAAGGAAAAAAAAGAAUGGAGAAAAAAACGGAAGGAGAAAGAACAGAGAGAUGAAGAAUUUAAGCCGUGCAAUUACAUAUCAAGUAUUUACAAAACUAAAGUAGAUAUUAAAAAAAAAAAUAUCUACGAUUAUAUUGAUGAAGAAGAUAGUAUAUAUCAAGACAUAGUCACUAGUGCCCAGUUUGAUGAUAAAAUUUAUUACCCAGAUGAUAUUACUUUUAGUCUUUUUAAUGAAAGUGUAUCCUACGCACUGUUAAGGAAUAAUAAUUAUAUUGAUGGUAUUCCCAUCGGAGUCGAUAUUAAAAGGAAAAACAAAUUUCUACAAAAAAAUUAUAGCCAAUCUGAUAACACAAAUGAGAGUAAUCCACAUAAUCAUGUUAUAUUUCCAAGUAAUAGAAAAGAAACUUCUCCAUCACCUAAGUCCUUGCCUCCCAAUGAUGAUGAUAAUUUGGGGACACAUGCUGAAAAAAAAUAUACAAACGAAUCCAAAGCAGACAACGAAAAGGGGAAAGACAAAUUAAAAAAGAAAUCAAUUGAACAGAAGAAGAGGGAUGAAAGUGAAAAGGAUGUUUUAUUUGAAAAUAAUUAUCUCACAACAUGCAAUCAAAUAGGACCAAAACUUCCAGACAUAUUUGAAGAAAUAAGACAUCAAAUAGGAAAAGAAACGAACUCCUUUGAGCGUCAUGAAAAUGAAUAUAUAAAGAUUUUGUCUCUUAGAGAUCGUGUCAUUUCAAUGAAAAUGAAAGAAGAGAAACAAUUUGAAAAGUUAAUUAAAGAAUCAUAUAAGCCGAAAAAUAAUUUUGAAGGUGCCUUUUAUGAAAAGAACCCAAAUAGUAUUGAUCAAAUAAAGAAGCGUGAAUUGAAUUCUUUGCGAAAGGAUUUUUUUUUUUCGACACAUGAAAUGGAUUCAUACAAUGGAGGUAGAAAAGAGUAUAUGGAACAGAUUGAUGAAAAAAUAACAGGAAGAAAAAAACAAAAAUUUGGAAUAAUAGAGUACGAAGAUUACUCAGAUAGUUCCUUAGAAGACUUUUACAUAAGUUCUUCACGAAAAAAAGCACUUGAGGAUUACUCUAUGAUACAGGAAAGGGAAAAAAAACAAAGUGCCAAUAAUAAUAGCAGAAGUGCAAUCCCAUACAAUGAUAGUAGCAGAAGUGCAAUCCCAUACAAUGAUAGUAGCAGAAGUGCAAUCCCAUACAAUGAUAGCAGUAGAAGUGGAAUCCCAUACAAUGAUAGCAGUAGAAGUGGAAUCCCAUACAAUGAUAGCAGUAGAAGUGAAAUUCCAUUCGUUUUAUGUAACACUGAGAUAGAACACAAGGAUGCAAUGGUACUUUAUUCCAAAUUUUAUCGUACCCUUUUUCAAAAUAGAAAUAUAAAUGAAUAUCUGAAUUAUACCCCGUCAGAAGAGUUAGAAGAUUUAAAAACACAAUACUCAAAAUUAAUUAAUCCUAGUGGGGAAGCAAAAUUAAGCAAAAGAGAAUUAAUGAACUUAUAUGUUCCAAAGAAAAUGUGGGUACACGCGAACAGUAGAAUAGAAGAUGACAAAAAUGUGCAAAACGAGAUCUAUGCAUUGAAAAAUAAAAUAAAUUUUAAUAACGAUUUAAAAAAAAAACAUAGAUUUUAUUUUUACUGCAAAAUGAAGGAAAAGGACACAAGUAUGGGCAUAGGCAUGAGCAUUGACACAAGCAUGAGACACAUCUUGGGCCCAGCAGAGUGUGAAGAAUUUAGUGAAUUAAGGAGAAAAUUGAAAGUAUAUUACCUCGAUUUUUACACAAAAGAAAUUAUCAAUGAGGAUCUGAGUACCAACUUUCAAAUGCAAGAAUACGAAUUUGACACAUGUGUGUGCUCUAAAUUAGGCAUUUCGGACGUAGGCCAAGAUGACAAAAAUGGGAAAGGGACUAAACCAACAAUUGUUGAAGAUUUUUUGAAGAUUCCAAAGUUCGUUUUUGAAGCUAUUUUUUGUGCAUAA